AGUUCAUCCAUCCUCCUCACCACGAGUUUGUAACUAGAAUGUAUGCCCGAGUCUGUUUCUAAUGGCCGCUGUCAUUGCCGACUUCGAGCAAUCCUGCAAGGAUGCAAGCUCGAAUCAAGAGCGAGUCCUUGGCCGCAUCCUCGACGACAACUCAAGCUGCCAUUACCUCCAGAGGUACGGGAGCCCUCAAACCCUGGCCGCAUUCAAGGCCCAAGUCCCAAUUAUCUCCUACGAGGACGUCGGCAGCGAGAUUGACAAGAUUGCUAGCGGAGUUCAAGGCCCACUCCUCUGCAGCUAUCCUAUCCUCCACUUCUUUGCAAGGUACGAGUCCCAUUUAUCUUGUUUUAACUUGUGCUUCCACUGCAACAUUAGCUCCGGGACAACUUCUGCCAACGGUAAGAUCAUUCCACUCACUGCGGAGAAUGCUGCUGCAUCGGGCAGAGCUACCGAAAUCGCCAAUGCUUACAGAACAAGGUGUUUUCCAUCCGACAAUGGCAUAAUUCUUGGCUUCUUCUACUGCAUGGAUCAAGUCGAGACCAAGUCCGGGCUUCUGGUGUCUGCCGCAAGCACAUACGCCUUGAAGGGCGAGCGAUUCAAGGCCACGUCGAGCAAGUACACGACUCCGUACGAGGUUCUUGUCGCUGGAAGCGACUGGCGAGAGCUCACGUACUGCCACUGGCUGUGUGCUCUGCUCCAAAGAGGCAAAGUGGAGCAGAUCAUCUCCAUCUUCUCCUACACCAUCUGCGAGGCAAUCCGGAUGCUCCGGGCCGAGUGGAGAGAGAUUUGCAGCGACAUACGAGCUGGGAGCUUGUGCGAGGGGAAGGUGACAAGCCCAAAUCUCAGGCAGGCAGUUCUAGCUUCUCCAGUUUUCGAUGGCAUCAAAGGUGGCGACCCUGUUGAGGCCGAGGUUAUCUCCGAGAUUUGCAGCAGGGAUUCGUGGUCUGGAAUUGUGCUGCUGCUGUUUCCCAGGACAAACGUCAUGUCGACUGUGGUGACGGGGUCGAUGAAACUCUACGUUCCAUCUUUGAGAGAUUAUGUUGGAGACCAAGUUCCGAUAGUUGGACUGGACUACUUCUCGUCUGAGGGAGCGAUUGGGAUCAAUGCUGAUCCUCGAUGCCAUCCGGAGCGUGUUGUCUAUACAAUGGUGCCAACAGCACUCUACUACGAGUUUCUCCCUGUGGAUUCGACUUCAUGUGAUAAUAUACUUGGUUUGCAUGAAGUCCAAGUUGGAGAGCAGUACGAGGUGGUCAUCACAAACUUCGCAGGCUUGUAUCGAUAUAGAAUCGGGGACGUGGUAAAAGUCGAUAGCUUUUUUCAUGAAGUUCCUCGUCUGGCUUUUAGCGAUCGCAGGAAGGCAGUGCUGAGUGUUCACAAUGAGAUGGUUUCAAGAUGAGCAAGAGCUUCAAAACGUGGUGAGCGAGGUUUCGUGGGAAGCCGGCGUUGAGAUGACAAACUUCACGAGCUAUGGCAACUUAUCCGCUCUCCCGCCCCACUACACCAUUCCAAAAAGAAAGAAAUUCUAGAGAGGUGCUCCUCAGCCAUUGACAUGUCUCUCAAUCAAGUCUAUGUGGGGAUUGAUGGAGUCAUUGAUUGACUGGAGGUGAUUGUGAAGCAGGGAACGUUUGAGAAGAUCACGUAAGAAGCUGUGAAAAUGGGAGCGAAUCCAGGCCAAUAUAAAACACCAAAGUGUUCUAUUUCUCCC